UCCUUGAAAACUAAGUGAUUCUCUUAUGCCUGUACUCUGUCCUUCUUCUUCUUGUGGUUCCAAUGAAAACUCGUCACACAAAAUAUGGCAUAUGCACACUUUGGGUACCGAUCACAGAUUCUCCAACUGGAUCCAACUCUCUCUCUACUAUAAAUUAACGCCAAUUCCAUGCCCAAUCUCACAACACAAACCCAACAAAACCCUCUCAUAAUUUCUUGAUCAAGAAUCACCAACAAACUAUGUCUUCAAGCUACCAAGAAUCGAGAAACUCGAGCUGUUCUUGGACCGCGAGAGAGAACAAACUGUUCGAGAGGGCACUCGCCUUGUACGACAGGGAGACGCCCGAUAGAUGGCAUAACAUAGCCAAAGCUGUUGGUGGCAAAUCCGCCGAAGAAGUGAAACGACACUAUGCAGUUCUGAUUGAAGAUGUUAAGCAUAUUGAGUCUGGUCGUGUUCCUUUUCCUAAGUAUAAGUGAAGCUGUUUGUAGUCAUGGUUUAUAACUCAGGUAAUGUCGUCUAUGUAAUUGUAACUUCUUAAGUUGUCAAUGGCAGUUCAACUGAUCGAGCUAAGCCAUUUGGUACUCUUUUUUUCCCCUAUUAAAUUAUUGGUUCUUGUAAUAAAGAAUUUAGUUAAGUUAAAUAAUGUUUCGAGUUCGAAUCUUAUGGAUUACAAAUAUAUAUUUCUUUAAUUUA